AUGGAGACGCCUGGGUUUUCCCAGCCUGGCGAAGGCCUGUCGCAGGGCGAUAUUCCCCUUCGUCCUCACACAGAGGGUCCGUCCAUCGUCGUUCCUACCGCGCAUCCGCCGGCUCUCCCGGGCACUUCGUCGCAUAACCCUCAGAAACCCAGAUUGGCCACCCGUCCCGCGUAUGCCGAGAAGAAACAGCUUCUGUCCUCUGGGAGCAGCAAAGUCGCCAUUCCGCGACAGCGAUCGACUGCAGCCCCACGCUAUACUAGACGAGUCCCGCUGGCCUGUGAGUCGUGUAGGCAACGGAAGACAAAAUGUAGCGGUGACACGCCGGUGUGUCGGCAGUGCAAGGAAUUGAGGAUAAGCUGUCGGUAUCCGGUUUCCUGGCGGGAGCGGACGAAAGGGAAAUUGGAUAAACUUGCUGUGAGGGUCACGGACUAUGAGAAUCUACUGCGAGAUCUUGGCCCUCUUGUCGAUGGUCGGGCUGCCGAGCGUAUUAGGACGGUGUUGGAAAAGCACUCCGAUAGCGGUAGCGGCGAAAACACUCAGUCCAGCUCGGUAACACCCCAGGACGAGGACAAUGAUGAUGAGGUGACUUCGCCUUCGUCCAUCGGGUCUCUGGAUGCGAUUGAUCGGGUCGAGGAAGAUGUGAACCGCACUCCGAGUUCCAGAGCGACUGGUUAUAUGGGAAAGAAUUCCGAAGUCACUUGGAUGCAGCGGGUACGCAUGGAGGCCGAGCAUCGUGCUCGCAAGCUGCCGGGCCCCUAUGAGGCAGAGGAUGAGGGCGAAUUUGCCAUUCACUCCGUCAACUAUCAUCUAGACGACAUGGAUAUCUCCGUACCAGGUCCUGUUCAUGUGUACUGGAUGCCACCGCGCAAGGUGGCAGAUAAGCUCUUCGAAGACUACCUUGAUACGGUGCACCCAUUCUAUCCCAUCAUCAGCCGGACCCUCUUCCGGGCGCAAUACAAGACAUUCUUCGAGAGUGCCGCACGACCAGGGGACAAGUGGUUGGCGAUUCUGAACUUGAUUUUCGCCAUUUCCGCCAAGCAUGCCCAUCUCACGCGGGCCCCGUGGCGCGGUGAUGAGAAUGACCAUUUGGUGUAUCUCACACGGGCUCGGAUUUUGAGUAUGAACGGCGAUGUGCUCUUUAGUCACCCUGAUCUCCAGCAGGUGCAGGUCGAAGGCCUGAUCGCCUACUACCUACUUGCGUCAGAUCAGAUCAACCGAGCUUGGCGAAUCGCUGCCUUGGCCGUUCGUUCCGCAGUCACUCUCGGAUUGAACAUGAAGAACACCAGCGAGGGCACAGCCAACAUCUCCAAGGAGGCACGUUAUAGGGUGUGGUGGUGUUUAUACACAUUUGAGCACAUGCUGGGCAUCAUGACUGGCCGAGCUACGACCAUUACCGACGGUAUCUGUACUACACCGUUCCCUCUCCCUUUUGAGGAAGAUCAAUUGGUGGAAGCUGUAGCGACCAAGCUCUUGAAUGAACCCGAAUUACGUCAAGAGCACAUCGAUUCAGCACUUGCCUGCAUUUCUGUGCGGCAAAUGCCAUCUAAUCCAAAAGGGGGCCGGAACGCUCAGACGACAGAUAAACCGCGUGAUCCGGCAUGGCUGAGAAGUCUUCCGCCCUCAAGUGCUCUUGGAUUCCUUUACUACGUCGACCUUGCAGUUAUUUCGCAGGAAAUAGUCAACCGUGUGUACUCGCUGGAUUGUAUUUCCAUUCCAUGGGGCCACAUUGAGAACCGCAUUGGUGAGCUGCGAGCCCGCACUGACGUGUGGUACGCCAAUCUUCAUGAGUCUUAUGACUUCACUCGACGGGAAGAAGACCAGCCAGCAGCUACCCUGCGGGGCAAGCUCUUCCUCGCCUUCCACUACUACAGCGCGCGCAUUACGCUAGGACGACCGUGUUUAUGUCGUCGUGACGCCCGACAGACGGCGUCCAACAAGAAGGAGACAUUCAGCCAUGAGAUGGCGGUGAUCACUCUAGAAUCUGCCCGACGGAUGCUCGACUUGAUUCCUGAUGUGCCUGACGCUGUUCGUCUCUAUGAUGUCUGCCCGUGGUGGUGCAUUCUGCACUAUCUUAUGCAGACAACGACCGUGCUGCUGCUGGAGUUGUCGUUUGGCAGCAUUCAUAUGCCGGAUGAGGAGGCCAACUUCCUACAAGCUGCCAAAAAAGCCAUUCGCUGGCUCUUCGCCAUGUCCGAGAACAGUCUUGCAUCCCGACGCGCAUGGGAGUUAUGCUAUGGCAGCCUCCGGCAGAUUGCUGCCGGUAUGAGCUACGACAUUAGUGACUUGCCCGCGUAUGGCUUUGAGACUCAGCCCCAGGCCCAAGCUCAGGGCCAGGCGCUCAACGGUACACAACAUGAUUACUUGAGCCAUCUGGAAGAGACCAUGCAUGCGGGACCGACUUUCUACAACCCCGCGGCGGCAGAUAUGAGCAAUUCAGCGUCAGCUUCUUCCAGUAUGGCUCAGCAACCCAGCAUGCUGUUCGCUCAGACCGAACAACCCCUCCAGGGCUUGGCAAUGUCAGCUCCUAACCCGUUUCCCACGAAUCCGGAGUUGAGCUCUGGUUCUGGGGAUUCGUACUUUCCGUACGAUCCGAUCAGUGGGGUAUUCAUCCGCUCAUUCUUCCCUUCGUCUACUGACGAGGAACCAUGGGGUGGAGCCACGCUGACUCAGCAAGAUGAAUUUCCCCGGCGAAGCUUUUCUUUUCGGCGGCGAAGAAACACAUCCAAAGCUUUCGCUUCCCUCCAACAGCUGCCUCCCCCAGUCGCUGGUUAUCGCCAGGCACACGCCUUGUCCGCUCAAAUUGAGGAAUGCCGACCCGUCUCAACGAUUAGACAUGCGCCACAGAACGUCCGUCCGACGGUCACAUCGAGAUUUGGAUUUCCUCCGCCCGCAGGUCUCCUCCGCUACCUCCGUCGUGUCAUGAAAAGGUGCCUGAGUCCAGCUCGUCUGCCGUGCCUGGACCGCGGGUCUUCCUUCGUCCUCCACCCUUCGAUCCUCCGUCGUCUCGCCCCCCGUCACGUCGCGCUCACCAGCCGGGGACCUCUCCCCGAUAGGCGACGACAAUGGAGUCGCCAGUUCUCCGUCGGGGCCGGUCCUCCGAUCAAUCGCCAAUCGCUGCAAGACUAUGUUAGGCUGGAAAUGAAGAGAUGUCCUGUUGCAGGACCAGAUCAGAGUAACCCGGAGGCUUGGAUUGCGCGGCUGGACCAGUACCUGCCGCCUUCGUUGCGGAGAGACACCAACGGUCAUACAAACAAUGACGAUGUUCUGGAUGACGCAGCAAUUCGGACCGAUGCGGCUUAUUUUGCGCAGACGAUUGAAUUGGCUAACUUGCUGCUGCAUGCGCGGGAUUCCGGGAAGAUUGAUUUGCUUGCGUAUGUUGGUUUCCGGUUGAAUAAUUGGCCCGCUGUGCAGUUCUUGAUUAAUCGCCUGCUUGAUGCGGCGGACUCUCUUAAGGAGGUCACGCUUCCUUCCCGGCCUUUGUCUAGCUAUGACUGGGGUCUGGGGCAGGGGCUCUCGCUGGAUGAGCUUACGGAUAGGUCUGAGCCGCAGGCUCCGAAAAUCCCGCAGGCUUCGAACGGGCUGACGGCGUCGGAUAUGACGAGCUUGGAUGCUUUUACAGAGCGACCGUAUGCUGAUGACCAUUCGAAACGAUUUAUGGCUGAGGUGUGGCAGAGUUUGGGGUCUAUUGUGCUGGAUGCUGCUGAUGCCUCGCCUAACGAGGCGAAGCUGGCUAUGUCUCAUGUGUUCCAGGUUCUAGCUCGACUGCACCACUCCGAUGCCAUCUCCGAUAGGGUCUACAAGUAUGUCCCGCCGGACAGCUACCAAGCUACAUUCCGACCUCCGGGAAUGCAUCUGCUUUCUUCUCAUAUUAUGAGUGUCCUGUCCGACGCCGCGUGGCUGGUUCAUGAAGCGGAGGUUGCUGCUAAAGCGGCUGCUGCUGGCGAGGAUUCGCCUUAUCUUCCAUUCAAAAUGGGAGUUCGUGAGCUUGGGCCCGAGGUUUGGCUGGAGUUUAUCCUCUGGUGCUGUGUGGAACAUGGCCACAUCGAGGAGGGAGUAUGGCUCAUUGAUCGAAUGACAAGCAAGACAGGAGACCAGGCCUGGAAAUUCCAGAGCUGGAAGCCCCUACUCGAUGACUCCGGGUCGGUCUGGCAGACCAAAGUCGAUCAGGAAGAGACUUGGCGACAACCCGGCCACCAGGAACGCUCUACGAUGCUGCGAAAGCGGCAUAGCCCGACGCCCUUCCACGGACUGGGAAAGCGAACCAUGAGCACUGAAGUGGCCGCGGCCUUGCUGGAUAGCCUUCCCAACCAGGUAUAUCUAGGUCUCGGUUUCAGAGGUAUGUCGCCGAGCGCCCUCUUACGCUAUGCAUCCAGUCUCAAGUUCGCAAUUGCCCCGUCAACGGACGACGGGAAAUUAUUGCCUACGCGCAGAACGUCGAACUGGUUCGCUGUGCGAGUUAUGGAAUCGGGAGGCCUCAAGCCGGAAGCCGACCCCCGGACAUUCGAAGACUUCCUCAGGAUCACGCCGUGCGUCGUUCCGCCCUGGGACACCGACCUUUACCACGUCAAUGAAGAUGCUUUGACCCGAAUGAGUCGGUCACAGCUGUACGACGACACUGCCGCCUUGGUCGGCCUGAUCGAGUACAACAUCCGGUUUUACUCGUCGGAGCGCUUCUGCGGUGACGCUCUGAACGCAUUCUCCUGGCUGCAAGCCAUCGUUGACAGCAGCAAGAUGCAGCGCAUCGACGAGUUCUUCUCUUCGCGCGUCGACCGACCUGGCGUCGUUCUCCCUACCCUUGAACUUGAUGAUCUGGACUCCACGGAACCCUUCGAAUCAUCCAUGCCGCAAUUAUCCAGCGUCACCUUGGCCGAGCUCAUUGAUCUAGUCACCGUAUCGCGCGCAUUCACAUUCGGCAACUGGCUCUUCUACUCCGACGAUAUCGACGGCCCCCCAGUCUCGCCCCGCGCCUACGGCGACCAAGCCCUAGCACCAUCCAUCAUCCGCUACGCCACAGCCACCAGGAACGCCGCCCUCUGCGACGCCGUCGUCCAGUCCCUCUCCCAACCCCUCUCCUCCAACACCCUCCGCGCACUCCUCAACUCCCGCAUCGCCCUGCACCAAUGGGACGCGGUCACCAAACUCUUCGAAUACCUCCGCGACUACCGCGCCAAAUCCUGGGGCCAGAGCAACGCCACCGCCCUCGCCGCGGAGAUCAUCCGUCUCGAGCACACCAUCUACCGGCAACAACCACCCCCAGACCCCUCAACCCUACAAGAAACCACCACCUCCCUCACCCGCGCCAAGGAGCUCCUCUCCCGCCUCCUCAAGGGCACCUACAACGAACCCAACCACAUCGCCACCUCCCGCUUCCAAGAACGCGCCAUCUCCGGCCUCUACAACAUCUUCCUCUCUAUCCCAGGCACCCUCCACGACCUCGCUGCCUCCAUCACCAACUCCUCUAACAGCAACAAAUUCUCCACCCCCCGCAACGCCAUCCCCUAUAUCCCGGCAACAGCCUUCCACACCCUCCUCUCCGCCAUCGUCGACACCCGCGGCAGCGCCGCCGGCCAACGCUUCUACGACAAAUGGUGUCUCGACACGAAGUCCCCGACCUCACGCCGUCUCCAAGAAGGUGGCAUCGUCCGAUUCUAUCUCGGCAAGGAGCGGAACCUCGCGAAGGGCGAUCCGCACUUCGAUGCCAGAUACUUCAAGCGCGCGAGGGAGAAGGCCACGAUGCCGAAUCCCACGACUGUGAGGAUUAUUGCCCAGGCUGCUGUAGCGGAGUUUCAUGAACAUGAAGCUGAGGGUAAGGGAGCUGUGAACCCGGCUGAAGAUGUGUUGAGUUUCUGUAUCAAGAGGUUUGAGGCCUUUGGGAUGCGGAGACGCGAGAUUAAUCGCGAGGUUGGAGGGAUACUGUAUAGGAGACGAAGGGAGGGGGACAAGUUGAGGAGGGAGAUGAAGAAGGAGAAGGUGAGGGGGUAG